AUGGAUAAAUAUAAUGAGUAUGACGAGAUGGCCUACAAAAAGGCAAAAGAGGAUUGGGUCACAGGUCAUACUGGUAGUUCUAUGUCGGAAAUCACUUCUGUGUCAGGAGUUAUCUUGACAUCAUAUAUACUAUGGUCAACAAUAGCAAAAUAUUCGGACUUCUUCAAGCAUUCCACCAACGCUGUCACGAACUUCUUUUUCGAAUACAUGUUGAUCAUACUACCAAGUCUUCUCUCGUGCACUUUGCUUGCCGAAUAUGCGUUUUAUUUAAAUCUUUUGUUAUUAAUUUUAACCGGCUUGGUCAUCAAGAACUCUUCAAUACCCGAAGAUCAGAUACCAAAAAGGAAAAAGAAAAAAUGGGACAAGGAUUCAGAUGAUGAGAGCGAAAAUCUAGAAGAAUUUCUUGUAAAAGAAAAACCGGGUGAUGCGAUAGAUUCCGAAGGUUCUGAAAUUAGUUCAACCAACAUCGGGAAGAAGCCGUUCUUAAGUGUAUAUAGAUCAAGCAUGAUUAUUUUAACUUGUAUCGCUAUUCUGGCGGUAGAUUUUCCCGUAUUUCCUAGGAGGUUUGCAAAGGUCGAAAAUUUUGGAACCUCAAUGAUGGACCUCGGUGUAGGGUCAUUCGUGUUUUCUUCGGGAAUCGUAUCAGCAAAACCAUUUUUAAAGAGACCCGAAAAUCGAUUUAAACCACUCAAGGGACAACUUCUGAAAGCACUCCAACGAGCUUUACCCCUUUUGGCACUUGGAUUUUUACGUUUGAUAAUGGUCAAAAGCGUUGAUUACCAGGUACUUAUUAACAAUAUUCUUUUUGAAAAACGUCAAUGUGCGAACUUCUAA